ACGUCACGGAGGCAGAUAAAAGGGUUAAGCAGAAGAAGGCGCAGUCAGCUGAUGAUCGGAGACCUCAGAGAGAGAUCGGCGCGAGGACAGACCAUGCUGUGUGUGUUGGUGUGUGUGUUGUUUCUCUCGGCUCUCGUCCACAGCGGGCCAGCCGUCAGCAGAGCGUGGCGCUCCGAUGACCUGCAGCAGGAGCUGGACCCUGAAGUGGACAUGAACAUUACGGAGAUCAUCCGGAGGUGGGGUUACCCAGCAGAGGAGCACCAGGUACUGACGGAGGACGGGUACAUACUGGGCGUGAACAGGAUCCCGCGGGGACUGAAACCCUCCAAAGGUGUGAGGCCGGCGGUCUUCCUCCAGCACGGUCUCCUGGCUGCAGGCAGUAACUGGAUCACCAACCCGCCGACCUCCAGCCUGGGCUACGUGCUGGCGGACGCGGGCUACGACGUGUGGAUAGGAAACAGCCGCGGAAACACGUGGUCCAGGAAACACCGCACGCUGAGCCCGUACGAGGACGAGUUCUGGAGGUUCAGCCACGAUGAGCUGGCUCUGAAGGAUCUUCCAGCUGUGGUCGACCACAUCCUGAAGGUGACGGGCCAGGAGCAGAUCUUCUACAUUGGACACUCUCAGGGAACCACCAUAGCAUUCAUGGCGUUCUCCACGCUGCCAAAGCUCGCCAGCAAGAUCAGGCUGUUCUUCGGAUUGGCUCCUGUGGCCACUGUCGCCUUCACGGGCAGCCCCAUGACCAAACUGUCCUUCCUGCCCGACGCCGUCAUCUGGGACCUGUUUGGGAGGCGGGACUUCCUGCCCCAGAGCGCGAUGAUUAAAUGGUUGGCCGAACACGUGUGUGCGAAGCAUCUUCUCAGCGAACUGUGCGGGAACAUCUUCUUCGUCCUCUGCGGCUUCGACGAGAAAAACCUCAACAUGACUCGGACUCCGGUCUACACCACUCACUGCCCCGCUGGGACCUCAGUCCAGAACAUGAUCCACUGGGCCCAGGCCGUCCACACAGGAAGACUGAUGGCGUUUGACUUCGGAGCAGCAGGAAACAUGAAGCACUACAACCAGUCCACUCCCCCCGAGUACCGUGUCCAGGACAUGAAGGUUCCCACCGCUCUGUUUUCAGGGGGACAGGAUACGCUGGCGGACCCAAAAGAUGUGGCAGUCCUCCUCACUCAGGUCCCUAACCUGGUGUACCAUCAGCACAUUGAGCACUGGGAACAUCUGGAUUUCAUCUGGGGGCUGGAUGCUCCAGAGCAGAUGUUUCCUGCUGUGCUGAAGCUGCUGCAGGAAUACCGAUAGAGGGCGAGAGCAGCGGACGCUGCCCGCCGCAGCGCGGACGCCGCCCGCCGCAGCGCGGACGCCGCCCGCCGCAGCGCGGACGCCGCCCGCCGCAGCGUGGUUUAUGGUUUUAUGGAGACUGAGUUUUGACACUUCUUCCUGCAGCAGGCUGUUUCUGUCCCGCCCUCCCUGCCUGGACCUGUCAUAUCACCUGCAGCUUUAAAGGCAAUCGAAGCACGCUGCUGCAUGUUUAAAUGAACAGUCACUCUGAAGCGUUUUCAUGGACCGCGUUCUCCUGCAGUUUGACUCACUUCACACCUGGCGGGUGUUCUGCCGGGAACCAACGAGAGAGCAGCGUUGUCACGCCUCAGGUAACUAUUUGGUAUCACAAUCUAACGAUCAGCGUGUGAACAGGUCGCACGGCGAGCCCCGGGGCGCUCUGCUCAGAAGCAGCACGUCGGGUUGAAUCUGUAGGAGCAGAGCUGCGUGUUUGUCAGUGUGGCUGCUUUUUACUACUUCCUGUUUUUAGCACCGAGACACUCGUCCUGAGGACAAACUGUGAAAAUGUGGAUGUGAGAAUAAGAAGUGAAUCUGCAGUUUCAGUCACCUGUGAGCGUUUUUUAACUUGCUGUGAAACCAUUUUUACUCAUUAUGAUGAUGUUUCCUAAAUAAAACCAUUUUACA